AACCACGUCGGCUGGCUCCUGGGUGGUCCAGUUCAUCUCCUGGGAACCAAUGACUGAUUUGGUUACACAGUUGCAUAGGUUUUGAGUGGUAUGGCCCAACCUCAUUUACCUUUCCAGCCCUCUGAUUUUUAUGCCUUGCUUUGCCAGAACGUGAGAUUUUUCAGAAAUAUCUAUAUCCCAUUGCAAGAGAGGUCUAUGCUGACAUUUUUUCUUAUAUCAGAAAAUAGCGCACGUGAUCAUCUUCUGUCGUGUCCGUGUGGACGUCCUGCUUCCUUUGACAACCGCUGGCUUUCUCUUCCAGGUGUGACUAGUAUGGUCAAUGCUGGUGCAAUGAGUGCCUCUGGGAACCUGAUGGAUUUUCUCGACGAGCCAUUUCCUGACGUGGGGACAUAUGAGGACUUCCACACCAUCGACUGGUUACGGGAGAAGUCACGGGACACUGACCGACACCGAAAGAUAACCAGCAAAAGCAAGGAGUCCAUAUGGGAGUUCAUCAAGAGUUUGCUGGAUGCCUGGUCAGGAUGGGUUGUGAUGCUGCUUAUCGGCUUGCUGGCAGGCACCUUGGCUGGGGUGAUUGACCUCGCAGUUGACUGGAUGACAGACCUAAAGGAGGGCGUCUGCUUGUCCGCCUUCUGGUACAGCCAUGAGCAGUGCUGCUGGACUUCCAAUGAGACCACUUUUGAGGACAGAGACAAGUGUCCCCAGUGGCAGAAAUGGUCGGAGCUGCUGGUCAAUCAGUCGGAGGGUGCCAGUGCUUACAUUCUGAAUUACUUAAUGUACAUCCUGUGGGCGUUGCUGUUUGCAUUUUUGGCCGUCUCCCUGGUGCGGGUAUUUGCGCCCUACGCCUGUGGCUCAGGUAUACCAGAGAUAAAGACCAUUUUGAGCGGCUUUAUUAUCAGGGGCUACCUGGGCAAGUGGACUCUGCUCAUCAAGACCGUCACCUUGGUGCUGGUCGUGUCCUCUGGCCUGAGCCUCGGCAAGGAAGGGCCCUUGGUGCACGUGGCUUGUUGCUGUGGCAACUUCUUCAGUAGCCUUUUCUCCAAGUACAGCAAGAAUGAGGGCAAGAGGCGCGAGGUACUUUCAGCUGCUGCCGCCGCUGGAGUCUCUGUGGCCUUUGGCGCCCCAAUUGGAGGUGUGCUUUUCAGCCUGGAGGAGGUCAGUUACUACUUCCCCUUGAAGACCUUGUGGAGGUCGUUUUUUGCGGCCCUAGUGGCGGCCUUCACACUGCGAUCCAUCAACCCCUUUGGCAACAGCCGCCUUGUCCUCUUCUAUGUGGAAUAUCACACCCCCUGGUACAUGGCUGAACUCUUCCCCUUCAUCCUGCUGGGGGUCUUUGGGGGCUUGUGGGGAACCCUCUUCAUCCGCUGUAACAUCGCCUGGUGCCGGAGGCGUAAAACCACCAAGCUGGGGAAGUACCCGGUGCUGGAGGUCAUCGUGGUCACCGCCAUCACCACCAUCAUUGCCUACCCGAACCCUUACACACGCCAGAGCACCAGCGAGCUCAUUUCCGAGCUGUUCAAUGACUGCGGUGCCCUUGAGUCCUCCCAGCUCUGUGACUACAUCAAUGACCCCAACAUGACCAGGCCUGUGGACGACAUUCCUGACCGGCCAGCCGGGCUUGGGGUAUACACGGCCAUGUGGCAGCUGGCCCUGGCGCUUGUCUUCAAAAUUGUCAUUACCAUAUUCACCUUUGGUAUGAAGAUCCCAUCGGGUCUCUUCAUCCCCAGCAUGGCAGUGGGGGCGAUGGCCGGCAGGAUGGUGGGCAUCGGUGUGGAGCAGCUGGCUUACCACCACCAUGACUGGAUCAUCUUCCGAAACUGGUGCCGGCCCGGAGCGGACUGCGUCACCCCGGGGCUCUAUGCAAUGGUGGGAGCUGCCGCCUGCCUAGGCGGAGUCACCAGGAUGACAGUGUCGCUGGUGGUCAUCAUGUUUGAAUUAACGGGUGGCCUCGAGUACAUCGUGCCCCUGAUGGCGGCAGCCGUGACCAGCAAGUGGGUGGCUGAUGCCUUUGGGAAAGAAGGCAUCUACGAGGCCCACAUCCACCUAAAUGGGUACCCGUUUCUGGAUGUGAAGGACGAGUUCACCCACCGCACGCUGGCCACCGACGUCAUGCGACCCCGGCGCGGGGAGCCGCCGCUGUCCGUGCUCACGCAGGACAGCAUGACUGUCGAGGACGUGGAGACGCUUAUUAAGGAGACCGACUACAACGGCUUCCCCGUGGUGGUCUCCAGAGACUCCGAGCGCCUCAUUGGAUUUGCCCAGAGGAGAGAACUGAUCCUCGCGAUAAAGAACGCCAGACAGAGGCAGGAGGGCAUCGUGAGCAACUCCAUCAUGUACUUCACUGAGGAGCCCCCCGAGCUGCCGGCCAACAGCCCGCACCCCCUGAAGCUGCGGCGCAUCCUGAACCUCAGCCCCUUCACGGUCACGGACCACACCCCCAUGGAGACGGUGGUGGACAUCUUCCGGAAACUGGGGCUCCGGCAGUGCCUGGUGACACGGAGCGGGAGACUUCUUGGCAUCAUCACGAAAAAGGAUGUUCUGAGACAUAUGGCCCAGAUGGCAAACCAGGACCCUGAAUCCAUCAUGUUUAAUUAGCAACACGGUGGCAAUUAUUUAGAGAAAAACACAGUGACGGUGUCAUUUUUAAAGAAAUAAACAAACGAUACAUUAUUAUCCAGAUGAAAGAUCGUGCACCAGGACAGCGAAAACAAAAGCUUUGGUUGAAAAGGAGGGGGAGAAGGAUGAAACCUUUUUCUAAAAAGUAUGCAUCAAUGAGUAGGCAUUUUAUAGCUUUAACCCCUUAUGAGUUUCCAGCUGUGUUUCUUAAUGAGUUUACUAACUGCUAUGGGGGCAUGUGGAUGGGUGUAAAUGAUGUGGUUUGUACAAGGACACUGAAUGCACAUGCCAAAUGGAGAAACCUUUCCCCCACCUGCUCAAGGCUGAUAUUUGUAACUUAGGAACACGUGUGAAGCUUUGAGUCCAAAAAGUCAAGGGGUGUCGGCAUGUAAGCAUCCUUAUUUAUUAAUUCCUGAAGUUUUGCUGCUAUGUUACUGAAUGAUACUAAAGACAUUUGCACUCACUUUGUUGGAAAGGAAAAAGAAAUUAAAUUUGAACAUAGUGAAAGCUGCAAGUAUACAAAUGGGUCCACUCUUGACCAUCCCAUUUCUUGCUCCUGUUCUCAGCCUAUUCUUUUGUUCACUCAUCCGUUUCUGAACCAACACCAAUGGCGCUGGUACAAUGAGUAUGAAGAAAUCAUGUCCGUAUGCAAGACCUGAGUCUUGGGACUGCGUGAUGAACUAUUGUAGCAUUUACUGCUGCUCUGUAUUUCCUCCCAUACAAAGAGAUGCAUCCUUAUUUUGGAGUUAUACAUCCUUGAUCACUGAUUCGCAACCCUGUUGCAUUUGCUUCAUUUCUCUAUUGCUGUUUGUCUAUGCAUUCUUAACCAGUCCAGCAUUUUCCACGGACCAUGGCCUAUAUACUCCCAUAAACGUGCUUUAAUUUCCAAGUAGAGUAUACAAGAAUCAAAACAGGCUACUCAGCGUUAUUACUUAUUUUUCCUCCCCGGUCUUAUCAAAUACGGCUGCAGAGAGGGUGAGGCAUACGAGUUCUCAGUGGGAACUCCUCCAAAUGGAUUGCAAGAGAAGUACUAAAUUGAUUCUAAAUCAGUUCCAUUCUCUUCUCUGUGGGAUGCAAAACACCCAGCUUUAAUGUAUAAGCAUGCACUUUCAUACUAGCAAUCAAAGCACAGAAGGACAGAGUUACAUUUUAGACAGCCCAUUUAAGCGUUAGGCAUCUCUGCAUUUGAAUUUAAUGAUACAUUCUUUUAGUCAGGACUACUGUCUUUCUGUGGGAAGGAAUUCAAUUAUAUUUUAGGUCCACUGUAGAAUGAUGAUCAUAAGAUUUAUCCCAUUUGCCCCUUCACUUUUAGUCUUUGUCCCUCCCUUUUUAUUGAAUCAUCCUCAUCCUUUUCAAUCUCAUUGUCAUUGAAGACCCUAUGGUGCACAGUUCUACUCUGACACACAUGGGGUCGCCAUGAGUUGGAGUCAACUCAUUGGCAACUGAUGGUGGUAGUGCUGGUCAUUAGAUUUGAUAUAUUAGGUGUGCAUUUGGCUGCAAAUAAUGAGACCUGGUUGGGGGAUGGGGGGCACUCCAAGACUGUCUCAGUAAUAU